UGACAAAAGAAGAGAUCCUACCAUGGCGACCGUCGGUGGGCGUGCCACCGACCUCCGCGCCGUCUUUGCGUGCAACAUCGCCUUACCGCUCCUCAUCUAUGCGAUUGCAGCCAAGUACACGUCGGACGUGAACGCGAUCGCCUUGUCCGCGCUGCCGCCAUUGCUCAAGGGCCUCUACGGCAUGGUCUGGCAGCGCGAGACCGACUGCCUCUCGCUGCUCCAAGUGCUCUCGACGGCGGCGUGCAUUGGGCUCACCGAAUCGCUAAACAAUCCGCGCAUCUUGCUGCUCAAAGACUCGUUCUUUUCGCUCGCAUUUGCCGCCUCGUUGCUUGUCGGGCCAUGCAUCAAGGACGGCUGGAACGUGCUCUGGCGUAUCUACUGCGCGACAACGGCCGACACGCGCCGCCUCGAGGCCUACUGGGGCGACCCGGUCGUCCGCCGACGCUUUCGCCGCCUCUCGUGGCUCUGGGGCGCCAUCUUUUUGGUCGAAAACCUGCUCAAGAUCUGGCUCAUUUUGACGUAUCCUGUCAACACAAUGGUGUACGUCCUUCCUGUCGUUAGCAUCGUCUUGGUGACGCUCGUCGUGUCGCUGACCUUUGCGUACCUCAAACGCAUGCAGCGGCUCGACGCGACUAGGCCCGAUCGCGUCAAUCUACUCUAGCGUUGUCACUGACAAAUCGAAGCAAAACUUGGCUUCAUUCCGCCCCCACGAUGACGACUAGCAGACUCCUUGGCCUUUGGACGUAUACGCUCUUGUCUUGCAGACCC